ACAAUUGGACCUUUUUACUCGUACACAGAAAAAGCCAAAAAGACAAACAAAUUUAGAGUUAGCUAUAGCUAGCUAGCUUUCUUGUAUCCUUUUCUUUGGUCUAUACAAUUCUCUUAUAAUAUGUCUAUGGCACUAGCCAAAGAACAUGUUAUGAGUGACACAAAAAUGGGCUUGGUGGACACUUAUGAUCAAUAUUAUGAAGGUGAAUUUGGGAUCAAUGAUCAUUCUUCCCCAGAGUUAUAUGGGAUGAAUGAAGAACCUCCAAAGUCAAUUUUUGAAGAUGAUGAAAAUACAGGGAAAGAAAGUCCAAAUGUAGCCAAGAAUUUUGCUUUAAGCAGUUCUUCUUCACUCUCUACUAGCCCAAGCAGUUCCAAUUCUAAUGGCCAUUCUGUUAUUAACUUCAAAGGGGGUUAUGGUAAUUUUAUGCAUUCAGCAAAUGGAUCUUUGUUGAGUUUUGAGCAAAGUGAAAGAUUUUGCCCAAAUCCAAGAAUGAGUGGCAAUCAAGUGGAAUGCUCAGUUUGGGAAGAUAAUAAUUUGCACUACCAGAAUUCUCUUACUCCUAAGGGAAGUAGCAACACUAGUCCUCGAGUGAUUAAUGAGAAUUCCAAGAAUAUUCAACAAUCCAACAGCUAUGGUUCCAAUAACAAUGGAAUACCAUUUGGAUGGUUAAAUUCUGAAGCCAAUGCAAGCACCACUACUCAUGUCGAGGAAUCACGUUUCAAUAAGCGCCCCUCUACGGAAGAGAGCAUGCAAACAAAUAAGAAGCAAUGCGCUGCGGCUUCAAAGAAGGGGAAACCAAAUAAUUCUGUUGCUACAAAGGAUCCACAGAGUAUUGCAGCCAAGAAUCGCAGAGAACGGAUCAGUGAGCGGCUUAAGAUACUACAAGAACUUGUUCCCAAUGGUUCCAAGGUUGAUUUGGUCACCAUGUUAGAGAAAGCAAUCAGUUACGUCAAGUUUCUUCAAUUGCAAGUGAAGGUGUUGGCAACAGAUGAAUUUUGGCCGACACAGGGUGGAAAAGCUCCAGAUAUUUCUCAAGUAAAAGAGGCCAUUGAUGCCAUCCUUGCCACUCAACGAGACAGAAACUCAACCUCCAAGUGAUUAUAUAGUACCUGGCUAGAUUAAUCUGUUGUAGAAAAUGAAGGAAUUAAAAGGGUUUCACAAAUAAUUGAAGUAGCGCAGCAAUGGCUUCAAAGGAAAUAGAGUUCCCUUUGGAGGACUAAUAUGGUGGUGAAAAUUUAGCCUUAAUUUGUGCAUUCC